AUGUCUUUAGCUCUGAAUAUUAGAGUCGAUGUGUCGCUAUCUUCUUUUGACAUCUUGACGAACUUCGACAUCUCUACGUACCGGCAGCGCGGUAAGCGUAUUGAGGUAUGUGCACGGCGAAGCGGGGAAUGCCCUGCGGCGCAAACUGUCUUGAUGUGGGAUUCGAAUGAGCCUGCUGAUGGGUCUGCUCACUCUUAUUGGUAUGAAAUACACAACAAGCGAGGUUUAUGCCGAGAGGACAUUUCUGAGCCGCACCUAGGGGGUGUGGGGGCAGUAAGCCGAAAUUCUGCCCGUGUAGACGUUGUUUUGUUUUUGGAAACGAGGCAGGCGAUGCUCUUUUUGAAAAAAUCUGCUCGGUCAGUUAAUGCGUGGGAGCGGUACCUCGAGGCGGUAUGUGAAGCCAGUGUAGCGUAUAUAUGGGGGCAUGGAAGCCUCGACGAGACUUGCUUCCAAAGCAGCACCAGCCAAGAUUCCACCAUUAACAAUACCAAUGAGGGUUCUCUCAAUAAUCAUGUUGACCUUUUCUUUUCCGAACCUUUCUUGAACAACGCACAGGCUGAGAAUACGCGGCAAUUGCGGCUGCACAUUGUUGUGGUACCACGAGGCGUUGCUUUCGAUGGCGUGCAUUCUCUUUCUUCCCCUGUUUCUGCACCGCCUGGUCAACAUGGUAUACCUUGUGCAACCUCAACCGAUGGGUAUUCUCGAGGCAGCGGUAGUGUUAUUACAAACAAGGAUGCAUCCGAAUUAUUCACUUUGGCCAUAAUGUGGUUUGCUAAAUACAGACAUAUACAGGUAUCGGAAUCGCACACAGAAGCGAUGGAGGCUUCACUGGCUGAUAGAAAGUAUUCUGAUGCUUCUGAUAAACGCACAUCUUUGUCUAUCAAGGUCGCUAUUGGGCACUGCACAACCGCAACUUCACCUGAUCAGGCGGCUCACAUCGUCCUUGGGCUUGCUCACACGCGGCUGAAGUCUUUAUCGGAGGCCGCUGAAGCUCAGCCAAUGGGGAGCCCAAAGAGAUUUCAAACUUCCGACGAAGGUGGUCUACUCUCUUCGCAACGCGGCAAGUCGUUGAGCACUUUAUCAACGCUCAAAAUUCGCCCAGAUGCUCGGUAUAAAUGUGAGCCACACGACUUCCAGAAGCUGUAUGCCAGCAUGCUUGCAGAGGUCGGAUCGUACUCUGAUCGCAAGACAAUCGCCAUGGUAGCGGCUUUCCCUACCAUGCAUCAUCUUUUAUCGCACCUACAUAACUUUAUUUUGACUAAUCAAAAACCGCAAUUUCCAUCAAAUGCUUUCGACCCCAAAUUAACAGUUGGGACGGACUUUGGCAAUGACACAAUAAUGGGAGGAGACCUGCUGGGGACUUCUGCGGUUUCCUUUGGGAGCCAUUCAGAAAUGCUUGAUGAAUCCUCAAAAGAUACCUUCAAUCAGUGGCAUGGCGUCAUGACUUCGAUCCCUUCUGUAUAUAGCACAAACUAUGGGGAAUCGAAGGGUUGGAAUGUUUUAGACAACGCAAUUGUUGAUGCUUUGAUGACAGAUUAUCGUCAAAAGAAGAAGAUUUGA